GUCAUAGAGAAUUCCGGAUACAGUGGCCCGCUCACCUUAUCCGCUGCCCCUCAAGUGAUUGAUUAUCUGCAGCUCUAUCCAGGAGAAUGGCCUUCUGAUAUUCUUGUAUCUAAAUCCACUACUGCUAUUUCCGCUCAUGAUCGUGCAGUUGUAUCCCAGUCGGCCUUAUCACAAUCAACGGCAACUCCAACCCUAGAUUCGAGACGUUUUGGACAUGCGGGCGAGUGGGAGUUACACUUGACGGGUGCGGCUACUGAACCAGUUGUCAUGUUUCCUUUGAGUAGUGAUCAACCACACAUACAGUCAAACAAAACUCCGCGUCAACCUCCCCACCAUCGAUUAAGCCAAUUGAUUCAACAUCCUGUGCCUAGCAGUGGCGCUUGGUUCGUCACAAGACUUGCUGAUGCUCAGGGUUCAGUGGCCUUUGGAGAGCCCUUGUGUUUGGGUGAUGCUUUGCGUUGUGGUUUGUUAGAUCCAAUAACGAAGACCUGUCAGCAGAGUUCGUUAGAUCCAAGUGUAGCGAUUCCGUGGUCUGCCGCUGUCCAACAAGGUUGGAUGACUUCUCUUGCUGUUCGUGUUUUAAACAGUACUUUUGAGUAUCCGCCGGGAAAUCGCCAGAUUAUUGCUGAAUGUUUGGUACCAUCGGGCCAAAGCCGGACAGGCUUUGAUCCGAAUACCGGUCAAUGGUUGUCCGAUCAAAAACGUCUUGUUGACUUACUAAAAGAAAAAACGUUGUCUUCCAAUGACUUCUUCCGUUUGGCCUGUGUGCUCACUAGUGGUAUUUGUGUAGAGUACCAAAAUACACGAAUCUAUUGGCAUGCAUCCAAGACUUCCGAUGGUUCUUCCAUUCAUGUGGAAGCUCCUCGUCCUUGUUUAUCCGACUGGCUUGCUGCAGGAGCUUAUAAUCCAUCCAAUGGUCGCCUGCGUGUUAGCGUACUGGAGGCUCGUGCUGACGGGACAGGACGAGAGGCUUUCACUGAUCGACGUGUGUUUUGUGAACAAGAGCUAACCAUUCGAGAGGCAGUUAAUUUAGGCUUACUGGAUCCAUCAGUCCCUGAAGUGGUGGUUCCUAUGGACAAUUCAAGUUCCGUGUUAAACGCUCCGUACCGUCGCAUAACGUUGUCGAUGUCGGUUUCCUUAGGCUUGAUUGAUGAUGUCAAAGGUCUGUGGUGCGGGAUACCUCAAGUAUCCAAAAGUACUGCAGGUUUGCAACUGGCUCAAGCCGCUGGGCUAAUUGCACGUGCACCAGAUCUAGCAGAUGCAUUGCUCUCAGGCCUGUUCAUGACUGAUCCUCAACGGAAUGGAGCUAUAUCGGCUAGCGAAUUUGUCGAUGCAAAUACCGGGGAUCAUCUAACUCUGACUGAAGCCAUUCAACGAGGAUUUUUGAUCGGAGAUCGACCAGCGCUUAUUGUGAAACGCCGAGCAAGCUGGAUCCCACUAACCGUGAACGAAGCCAUUAGUUCGGGUGUGUUAAGUGAAAGUGGGCGAUUCAUUUUUCCCGAUGGAAAUCAGAUAUCCUUAUGGGACGCAGUCAAUAGCAAUCAUUUACGUCUGAUCCAAACACUAUGCCGACCUGCUCCAGUCGGUAUCAUGCAAUCUGGUGCGGCUCAAAAACACAGUCAGCAUUACUACCAGCAUCCCAUAUUGCAAGCGUUGCGUACUGGUCUGUUAGAUUCCACCUCAGAGCAAAUAAUUCUAUCAGAAGCCGAGGCUCGACAACAUGGUCUUUUGGUGGAGCAACGUCGAGUUCCUUUGCGUAAAGCUCCUAAACUUGGUAAUUUGUGUGAUUCACAUACGGUUCAGUUGUUGACAAGCCCUUGCGGAUUAUCUUAUCCCGAUGGUCGUGACCUGAAUGGACUAGAAGCUUUAGCUCGAGGAUGGUUGCAACCCUCCAGUGAGUUGCGCAACACAACCAACAUAUCUCCCGGGUCUCAUGGUCUGAUUGUCGAUCCUGCCUCCGGGUCAUCCCUGAAUGUUAGCGGACAAUCGCAGUGGACAUCAUCACUACCGAUCAAUUGCACGGGAGCGCAACUGCUACUUGGUUUGUCUUCUAAUCGUCCCGAUCGAGGUUAUUUGGUGACCGAACGACAAAUUACUCGCCUUGCCUGGCUGGGGCCCGGUCUUCAUGAUGAUCAUCCGACUCAAGAGACUAGCUUCAUUUCACGCGGGGAUUGGUUUAGUCACAGUCUCAAGUCAGAUAAUAUUGAAACAGUCGUUGAUCCUAUCACUGGACGGCACUUAAAUCCCUCCGAAGCAAUUAGAAGACAUCUGUUGGAC